GCUCACGGAGGGGCAGCGGCUCCCGAAGGUCCCCGUCGCAGCCCCGUGAGUCCCCGAGCCGCCCCCCGGCCCGGCCCGGCCAGGCCUGACCAUGGCGGGGGCCAGGCCCGGCGUCCACGCGCUGCAGCUGGAGCCACCCGCCGUGGGAGAGACGCUCCGGCGCGGGAGCAAAUUCAUCAAGUGGGACGAGGACACCUCGAGCCGGAACCUGGUGACCCUCCGCGUUGACGCCGAUGGCUUCUUUCUCUACUGGACUGGCCCCAACAUGGAGGUGGACACGCUGGACAUCAGCUCCAUCCGGGACACCCGCACGGGGCGCUACGCCCGCUUCCCCAAGGACCCCAAGAUCCGGGAGGUGCUCGGCUUUGGGGGCCCAGAAGCCCGGCUGGAGGAGAAGUUGAUGACGGUCGUGUCUGGGCCCGACCUGGUGAACAUCACGUUCUUGAACUUCAUGGCUGUGCAGGACGACACGGCUAAGGUGUGGGCCGAGGAGCUGUUUAAGUUGGCCAUGAACAUUCUGGCCCAGAACGCCUCCCGCAACACUUUCCUGCGCAAAGCAUACACGAAACUGAAGCUGCAGGUGAACCAAGAUGGGCGGAUUCCAGUCAAGAAUAUCCUGAAGAUGUUCUCGGCCGACAAGAAGCGUGUGGAGACAGCGCUGGAGUCCUGUGGCCUCAAAUUCAAUCGGAGUGAGUCCAUUCGGCCCGACGAUUUUACCGUGGAAAUCUUCGAGCGCUUCUUGAACAAGCUGUGUCUGAGGCCGGACAUCGACAAGAUCCUGCUGGAGAUAGGCGCCAAGGGCAAACCGUACCUGACGCUGGAACAGCUCAUGGACUUUAUAAACCAGAAGCAGCGGGACCCUCGACUCAAUGAAGUCCUGUACCCGCCCCUACGGCAGUCCCAGGCCCGGCAGCUCAUCGAGAAAUAUGAGCGCAACAAGCAUUUUCGGGAACGGGACCAGAUGUCCAUGGAGGGGUUCAGCUGCUACCUGGGGGGCGAGGAAAAUGGCAUUCUGCCCCUGGAGACCCUGGACCUGAGCGCAGACAUGACGCAGCCACUGAGUGCUUACUUCAUCAACUCCUCACACAACACCUAUCUCACGGCGGGGCAGCUGACCGGGACAUCGUCGGUGGAGAUGUACCGGCAGGCACUGCUGUGCGGCUGCCGCUGCGUGGAACUGGACGUGUGGAAGGGGCGACCGCCUGAGGACGAGCCCUUCAUCACCCACGGCUUCACCAUGACCACUGAGAUUCCAUUGCGGGACGUGCUGGAGGCCAUCGCUGAGACGGCCUUCAAGACCUCGCCCUACCCCGUCAUCCUGUCCUUCGAGAACCACGUGGACUCGGCCAAGCAGCAGGCCAAGAUGGCAGAGUACUGCCGCUCUAUCUUCGGGGAUGCGCUGCUCAUUGACCCCCUGGACAAGUACCCGUUGGCCCAGGGCGUCCCUCUGCCCAGCCCCCAGGACCUGAUGGGCCGAAUCCUGGUGAAGAACAAGAAGCGGCACCAACCCAGCACUGGAGUCCCCGGCAGCUCCGUGCGCAAGAGGCCGCUGGAGCAAAGCAACUCGGCUCUGAGUGAGAGCUCAGCUGCCACCGAGCCUUCCUCGCCCCAGCUUGGGUCUCCCAGUUCUGAGAGUUGUGCAGGCCUGAGCAACGGGGAAGAGGCUGCCCUCGAGAAGCCCAGCCUGGAGCUUCGGAAAUCUCUGGGUGAGGAGUUGCCAACGUCAGUCCCCGAAGUUCCUGGACCCACUGAGCGGGAGGAUGAGGAGUACGAUGAGGAAGAGGAUGAGCAGACAGAUCUCAAAAAGCCAACAACAGAUGAGGGCACCGCCAGCAGUGAGGUCAACGCCACCGAGGAGAUGUCCACGCUUGUCAACUACGUCGAGCCCGUCAAGUUCAAGUCCUUUGAGGCUGCUCGGAAGAGGAACAAGUGCUUUGAGAUGUCGUCAUUCGUGGAGACCAAGGCAAUGGAGCAGCUGACCAAGAGCCCCAUGGAGUUUGUGGAAUACAACAAGCAGCAGCUAAGCCGCAUCUACCCCAAGGGGACACGCGUGGACUCCUCCAACUACAUGCCACAGCUCUUCUGGAAUGUGGGCUGCCAGCUGGUGGCGCUCAACUUCCAGACGCUGGAUGUGCCAAUGCAGCUCAAUGCCGGUGUGUUUGAGUACAAUGGGCGCAGCGGUUACCUGCUCAAGCCUGAGUUCAUGCGGCGGCCUGACAAGUCCUUCGACCCCUUCACCGAGGUCAUCGUGGACGGCAUCGUAGCCAACGCCUUGCGGGUCAAGGUGAUCUCGGGGCAGUUCCUGUCUGACCGGAAGGUUGGCAUCUACGUGGAGGUGGACAUGUUCGGCCUCCCCGUGGACACUAGGCGCAAGUACCGCACCAAGACGUCCCAGGGCAACUCCUUCAACCCCGUGUGGGACGAGGAGCCCUUCGACUUCCCCAAGGUGGUUUUGCCCACACUGGCCUCUCUGCGCAUUGCUGCCUUCGAGGAGAAUGGCAAGUUUGUGGGGCACCGGAUCCUGCCCGUGUUUGCCAUCCGCUCAGGGUACCACUACAUCUGCCUGCGGAAUGAGGCCAACCAGCCUCUCUGCCUGCCUGCCCUGCUGAUCUACACCGAGGCAUCCGACUACAUCCCCGACGACCACCAGGAUUACGCUGCAGCCUUGAUCAACCCCAUCAAGCACGUGAGCCUCAUGGACCAGCGGACCAAGCAGCUGGUUGCCCUCAUCGAGGACUGCGAGGCCAAGGCUUGCCCUGAGAACUGCCAGGAGAACUCGUGCCCACAGCCGGUGGCACAGACGCCCACCAACCCCACGCUCAGCCCACUGGACACCUCUCCCCGCUGGCCCCCAGGCCCUACCACCUCCCCUACCAGCCCUUCCCUCAGCAGCCCAGGCCAGCGUGAUGACCUCAUAGCCAGUGUCCUCUCAGAUGUUCCCCUGAUCCCCUUGGAAGAGCUUCGUGGCCACAAGAGUCUCGUGAAGCUCCGGAGUCGGCAGGAGCGAGACCUGCGGGAGCUGCUGAAGAAGCACCAGCGGAAGGCCGUGGCCCUCACUCGGCGGCUGCUCGACAGCUUGGCCCAGGCCCGGCCCCGGGUGGGCGGUCUAGGCGGAGAGACAGAGAAGGAGGAUGAGGGGCUGAAGCGCUACCGGGAGCUGCAAAACAGACAAGUCCAGAGUCUCCUGGAGUUGAGGAAGGCGCAGGCCAACACGGAGGCCGAAUUCAGACAGGAGCACCUGAGACAGGCACAGCAGCGGCUGCGGGAAAUUGUCUGCGAGACUCACCUCACCCAGCUCAAGAAGCUGAAGGAGUUGAAUGAGAGGGAGAAGAAGGAAUUACAGAAGAUCCUGGACAGGAAACGCCACAACAGUAUCUCCGAAGCCAAGACGAGGGAGAAACACAAGAAGGAGGUGGAACUGACAGAGAUCAAUCGACGGCACAUCACCGAGUCAGUCAACUCGAUCCGCAGGCUGGAGGAGGCCCAGAAGCAGCGGCACGAGCGCCUCAUGACUGGCCAGCAGCAACUCCUGCAGCAACUAGCAGAAGAGGAGCCCAGGCUGCAGGCCCAGCUGGCCCAGGAGUGCCAGGAGCUGCAGGCGAGGCUGCCCCAGGAGAUUCGCCGGAGCCUGCUGGGCGAUUUGCCCGAAGGGCUGGGGGACGGGGUGGCUUGUGCCAGCAACGGUCACACGCCCGGGAGCAUCGGACACCUGUCAGGUGCCGACUCGGAGAGCCAGGAGGAGAACACGAAGCUCUGAGUCACCGGCUGAGCGGAGGUGAGGACCCUGAGGUCUGGAACGGGAGGGCCAAAUGCCAGGCCACGGCUGAGUCGAGACGUCCUGUCCCUCUGGUGGAUCCGAUCCUGGAGCUGGCGCGGUGCGGCACAGCGUGGAGGGGCCGAGCCCACGGCGAGGGUGCAGCAGGCUUGUACAGCGGGCAGCCUGGCACUUCAAGGCCUCUCCCAGCUUCCUGGUGGCUCCUCCAGAGGAAGGCCUCUUAUCCGGCUUAUCUCCUGCCAAUGGAGUGUUUUCUUUGUUUCUGCUGCUGACCCGGGCAAACAGAUCAGCUGGAGAGGCCAGAGAGAUGGUGGGCCCUGAGCUCCAGGAGUCAACGCUGCUUCCAGGGUCAAAUUUGACCUUAGCCCCAAGUCCUUGGGCUUCAGACCCCUCAAUAACCAGCUUCCUAUAACUACCAUAACUUCCCUACCAUAGAGAAAACACUACAUUCCAGACUCCUGGCCCCUCUCCCCAAAACCAGAAGGAACCCUAACACAGGUUCAUUCCAGGCCCUCCUCAGGUUUUUUCUGCUCCCCUCUCCUUGCACAGCUUCAACUAAGCCUGAUACCUCCCCGAAGCCCUCUCAGAUUGGCCACAACCCUGCCUGAAGGUUUUAGGAGGGUGCAGCUUCUGGAAGCUAGGGACAGUUGUGGGUACCUCAUCUCUGUACCCCAGUACGAAGCACCGGGUGUUCUAGAGGGGGCGCCAAUAAAUGUGUCUGGAACCGA